AUGGCUGCAUCGUUCCCGGUGCCCGCGGUGACUGACAACCCCGACGGCUGGGGCCCAUGCACUGUACCUGCGCACCUCAAAGAUAUUCCCUUCGCUCCCUUCAAUAAGGGCGACAAACUUGGUAGAGUCGCAGAUUGGACGCAAGGAGCUUUCGGGCCAAAGUACGCGGGUGAGGAAGGUUUGGCCGCCAUCGUAUGUAGAUCGCGACGCCCUUACAAAGCCUGCACUGCGGAGGAGUCAUUCCAUUUGGUAGACAACCGACCGGUGAAAACUACGAAGUUUGGGGCCGGUCGGAGAUACCAGCAGAACCAGCGCUUUCAGCAGCAGCGUCGCGAUGGCAAGGACGGUCGUGGCGGUCCAGAGGUUGACAAGAAGAAAGGUGGACCUCAGCAACAGAAGAAGCAACACUUUUACGGAAGGGACAACCAGAGGCCAACUCAAUACAGCAGCAGUGUGGAGAUUGGCGCGGACUGGCAGGUCAUGGAGCAGAUUUCCACUACCAGUCUCUCUCGCCUCAACUACAGCCCGGGAGAGCCUGAGGACCUCCUGGCAUGCGGCUCCCUAGAGUACUACGACAAGUCGUACGACAACUUGGCGGUGAAGAAGGAGAAGCCGCUGGAGAAGACGAAGCGCAUUUUUCGGACUGUUACGACAUCGGACGACCCCAUCAUGCAGCAGCUGGCUUCCUCUGGCAAGGCGCGCGUGUUCGCCGUCGAUUCGAUCCUAACGCACCUAAUGUGCAUGCAGUCGUCCAAGUACGGCUGGGACCUGCUGGCCACCCGCAAGGGCGACAAGCUGUUCUUCGACUGGCGGGCAAGCUCCAAGUUUACGUUGCUUACGGUUAAUGAGACGGCGCCUGAGGCGGUUCCCGAGGACAAGGACAACAUUAACGGUAUGCAUCAUCUGGCACUGGAGGCCACAGCUAUUAACCAAAACUUCUCGCAGCAGGUCCUAAUCAAGGACGGCGGCAGGCUGGACUUCGGGCAGCCCAACCCGUUCGCCUCGCCGAGCGACGCCGGCAUGCUUGCCAGCUGUGCAUACAAAUACCGGAAAUGGCGGCUGGCCAGCGGCAACGAUGCACCUGAGAUUGUGGUGCGUUGCGAGGUGGACGCUGCGCUGCGCGCUGCUGAGGGUGCUGCGCCCCAGACGGUACUCAUCAAGGCGCUCAACGAGUACGACCUGAAGAGCCAGGUGUGUGACUACCGCAAGCGCCUGGAGAACCAGAAGGGUGCUGUGCUGCUGUCAGAGACCAAGAACAACAAGUUCAAGGUGGCUAAGUGGACGGCAUCGGCGUUGCUGAGCGGGGCGGACCAGAUCAAGCUGGGCUUUAUCUCACGCGCAACGCCUCGCGACGUGUCCAAUCAUGUUGUCCUGGCCAUGCAUGCUCUCAAGCCGCGCGACGCGGCCCGGUCUAUCAGCUUGGACAUGGACAACUGCUGGGGCAUUGUGCGGGCGCUAUGCGACAUGCUGCUGGCGCUGGACGAAGGCACCUACCUCCUGGUCAAGGACCCGAACAAGGAGCUCUUGCGCGUGUACUCCGUUCCUCCGGACGCCUUUGCCGCGGUGGCAGCCCCGGUGGAGGAUGACGACUUGGACGGCGUGGACAUGGGUGGCGAGAGCGCCGGCGUGCACGUUGACGUGACGGUGCCAAUAAUGUCCACCAUUGCAGCCGCAGCAGCGGCGGAUGCUGAAGAUUAAAGCGUGCUUGCUCGUAGGGUGAGAAUGCUUUGGGCUGACCCAGGGUGCUCUGUAUCCUACUCGGCUGCGUGCUGUGCUUCGGGGAGGUUUCUGCGCAUUCAAUUGCUCCCAAGCGGUGCUUGUUAUCGUUUUUUUUUUGUGUGUAGGGGAGUGGCUGCUGCAACGGUUCCACUGGGGCUGCGUCCUUUUUUGUGUUGCUUUUGCUUAACAAAACGGAUUCGGGAAGCUAAGUGAUGGGGAUGGGCCAAAGGAAGUCCUGAGAAUAGGAGUGAUAGAAACAGUGUGGGGAGAUGGGCUGUUGUUUGUGCUGCUCAAUUGUGACGGCAACUGGGCGGUUGUGCGUCUUGCCUUCAUUACAAUUAGCAAUUAACGCAGAGUCUGUGUGGCAUGUCCUGCUUCGGGUCACCGUUUUGUGGUUCAAUAACACUCGGAAGUGGCGAUAGCUUUUGCUUGUCGUCCGGCCAUAGAUGAGUAUUCACUCAUCGGCAGUGUUCAAAAGGUUACCGGUGCGAGGCAGGGCACAGUACCGUACCGUUCCGCCGCCGGAGCGGUUAGCUGCCAACCACCCAGUACACCGAGCUGAUGUCCCCCAAUCGUGUGUUUGGAGGGAGGGAAAGGAGUAUAGCGUGUGCAUAACCAAGCCAAGGGAGCUACUUGCAUGCUGUGGGUGGGGCAAGCAGCAGGGCAGGGCGUUGACUGACAAAUUAUCCUCGUUUUAGGGUUGCAAUUUUGCCGGGGCGUUGAGAGGUCGUACGGGGGACGAAGUAGGAUGCAGCCAAGGAGGAUUGACGAACCGCAGCUGGUGACAUAUUAUUAACUUGUGACGAACUUUCUGGUAGGACAUGGUUAAAGCGCAAGCGUCACUGGGGGUUUGUAUGCACAGGAAUACCGGCUUGUGGGCCGAAUAGCUUGAGUGUAUACGCGUUCGCAGGAGUGUUGCUGCCGUCAGGAGCCUCAUCGGCCAGGGGCCUCGGGCAGAAGCCACGCUGUCUUGUUGUAGAAGUGGCGUUUAUGCGGCGCCGCGUUGCAUCCAAGAGAUGCAUUUAUCAGAGCAGUGACUAGAUGCUAUUGUAACGGCAACAGAAAAA